AUGUCAUACCAGGUAGGUACCACCUAUGUCUCUGCUCCUCACAGCAAUUGCUUGCUACAGGUGCCCACAUGUGUGGGGGGAGGGCACGGGCCCAUGUGUGUGCGCAUGGGAUGGCUACCACCACCUCUUCCUCUGCUCCUCACCUCACCCACCCCUGCCCCUCGUCCUCCCUGGUGUCUUUCCUGGCGGCCCACUGGGCACCCAUGCUCCCUGCCGGCUACACCCUUUGCCUCGCUGCUGCUGGACCGCCCCAUACCUUUUCAAUCCCUCAACUGUGUGUGCCUGCCCUGUGUCUCCGUUCCCCCCCCACCUCCCCCUGUCCUCCCAGCCUCCCUGGUGACCUUUCUCGCCACCCACUGGGCAUCAACGCUUCCUGCCGGCUUCACCCUCUCGUCGCUGCUGCUCGACCGGCCCAUAGAGGACCGCCCCUGCCACUGCCGCCUGCUGCUGCAGCGCACUGGUGGUGGUGCACGGGCGAGGGAGGAUGGGGAGGAGGAUUGGGGCGAGGAUGGGGUGAAAGAUGGGGGGCAGGAUGGGGGGAAGGAUGGGGGGAAGGAUGGGGGGAAGGAUGGGGGGAAGGAUGGGGGGAAGGAUGGGGGGAAGGAUGGGGGGAAGGAUGGGGGACCAGAUAGGGAGGAGGUUGUGGGUGAGGAUGUGGGAGUUGAAGAGAGAGAGGAGGGAGUUGGGCCAAGGGAGAGGGGAAAGGAGAGGGAGGGAGGGGAGGAGGAAUCAUCAGUGUCAUCGGGUGUGGCGAUGCGGUAUGAGUGGCUGCGGCGGGGCAAAGGGGCUGCGGAGUUCAGCGCCAUUCCCGAUGCUGAGGGGGAGAUGUACACGCCCUCCUUCUCAGACGUGCGCGUGUCACUCACCGUCCGUCCUUCCCACACCCGUCCCUCCAUCCCACCACCCUGUCGCCCAUCCCACCACCCUGUCGCCCAUCCCACCACCCUGUCGCCCAUCCCACCACCCUGUCGCCCAUCCCACCACCCUGUCGCCCAUCCCACCACCUGUCGCCCAUCCCACCACCCUGUCGCCCAUCUCACCACCCUGUCGCCCAUCUCACCACCCUGUCGCCCAUCCCACCACCCUGUCGCCCAUCUCACCAGGUCUACACGCCCUCCUUCUCAGACGUGCAUGCGUGUCUCGCUGUGCGCUGCACCCCGCUGCUCCACGGCCAGCCCUGCACGCCCCUUAUCCUCACCACGCCGCUGGUCGUCCCUGGUAGGUCCCCUCUCCCACUCCCAGGGGUUGUGUUUUCUCAGACGUGCAUGCGUGUCUCGCUGUGUGCUGCACCCCGCUGCUCCACGGCCACCCUGCACGCCACUCCUCCUCACCUCUCCACCAGUCGCCCCUGGUACGUUCCCUCUCCCACCCACUCCCAUGAGGAGGUGUGUGUUCCCACUACCACGGCCAGCCCUGCACGCCACUCCUCCUCACCACGCCGCCAGUCAUCCCUGGUAUGUUCCCAAUUCAACACCAGAGACGACCAGUCCCUGCACGCCCCUCCUCCUCACCACGCCGCCAGUGGCCCCUGGUAGGUCCCGGCAUUCCGCGAGUGCAGCAUGUGUCGCUGGGAUGAGCAGAGGUCCCGGCAUACCACGAGUGCACCAUGUGUCGCUGGGCGGCGGUGGGAGGUGGGGCUUGGCGAGGAGACUGCCCGGGCAUACCACGAGUGCACCAUGUGUCGCUGGGAGGGGAGGCGGGGGAGGGGGACGUGCUGACUGCCCAUGGUGGAGGUGGGGUGGAGCUCGGGCGAGCCAGGGCCGUGCCAGUACAGGUGAGAAGGAGGGAGAGGGUUGCCCAUGCAGUACAGGUGCGAGUGAUAGAGAGGAUACCCAGCCUUUGACUGCCAAGGCUUUUUUCUCCUUCGUUGCACUUUCCCUACCCACCCACCCAACCUUACCCUGCGCUUGUUCUCGCCCCCUCCCCUGUCCCUCCCAAACCAACGCCUCCUCUUCCUCCUUUCUCUACACCCCUCCUCCCAUCCCCACCCCCCACCUGUCAGCUGGACCCGCUUGGCACCCACAGCUCAGGGCGGGACAACAAGGAGGAGGUGCAGAGGGGUGGGGAGGAGUACUCCCCUCUCACUGCACGACGUGGGGUUGUGUGCUGCAGCUCGCCUUCACCCCGGUGUCUGCUGCAGGGGUGAGGGGGGAACCCGCCUCCGCCACCUUCUCCCCCCAUUGCUGCCGGUUGCAGCAGGUGGCGGUGGAGGGGGAAGCACUGCUGGGGGGAGCGCUGCGGGCGAGUCUAUGCUUAUUUAUGCCGGCUCAUCUCCUUCCCCUUCCCCCUCCCUCUCUUCCUUCUUUCUCCAGCGCCCCCCCAGGUGCAGCAGGUGGCAGUGGAGGGGGAGGCGCUGCUGGGGGGAGUGCUGCGGGGCGAGGGGAAACUUAUUUUGGGGGAGCAGAGGGGGCGAGUUUGCUGCAGUGGUUCCGGGAGGAGGGGGGGAAGGCGGAGGGGGGGUUGGAGGAGGGGGGGAAGGCGGAGGGGGGGUUGGAGGAGGGGGAAGACGGAAGGAGUGCGGCCGGUGCUGGUAGCAACAGUGGUCGUUUGCGACUAGUGCCAGUGGGCGAGGGCAGAGAGUACGCAGUGCAGGCGGACGAUGUGGGCUGCUACCUGCUGCUGCGCUACACGCCAGUCGCCCUCCUCAGGUGA